AUGGCCAGAAACCUGCAAGCAAAGUUAUCUCCUACCGAUACCCUCCGAAUCUAUGAUGUCAACAGUGAAGUGGUUCAAAGGUUCGCCGACGAGACGAAGGCAUUGUCAAACGGGGCUGCUGUGCAAGUUGCGGCGCAUGUGCGGGAAGCCGCCGAGGACUCCGAAACAACCAUCACUGUCCUUCCAGAGCCUUCACACGUGAACAAUGUCUUCGGCCAGAUCCUCAGGCCCCUGCUAUCAACAGAACAUGUCGCUAACCCGGAUCGUCUGUUCAUCGAUUGCUCUACAAUUGACCCCACCUCGUCUAGGGAAGUCGCUAAUGCUGUACAUACUACGCAGCAAGGAAGAUUUGUUGAUGCACCUAUGUCUGGAGGCGUUGUAGGCGCCACCGCAGGAACAUUGACCUUUAUGCUAGGCGGCCCAGAGUCGCUGUUACCACGCGUAGAACCUAUUCUCCUGAAGAUGGGUAAAAAAGUCUUGCAUUGUGGUCCCCAAGGAGCUGGUCUCUCUGGGAAGCUCGCAAACAACUACCUUCUUGCCAUCAACAACAUUGCCACUGCUGAAGCCAUGAAUCUCGGUAUCAAAUGGGGCCUCGAUCCCAAGGUCCUCAGUAACUUGAUCAAUGUCAGCACCGGAAGGUGCUGGCCCAGUGAAGUCAACAAUCCUGUCAAGGGAGUGGUGCCAACCGCUCCGGCAAAUAGAGAUUACGCCGGCGGCUUCGGAAUCUCUCUCAUGAAGAAGGAUCUGAAUCUUGCUAUCCAGGCUGCAGAGCAAGCCGGAGCACGACUCGAACUUGGUGGAAAGGCUCGAGAAGUCUACGAAGCUGCGGCUGAGCAGGAGGACUGCAAGGGGAGGGAUUUCUCCGUCGUGUACCGAUAUCUUGGGGGGGAAGAGCCUUGA